AGGAGUGGACCGAGAAAGCAACUCGACCCCUUGGAUAGAUAUUGACUAUUUGGACCAGUAAUUCGUUCCGUGCUGUCCAAUUUGAGCGGUAUUUUUGACGAAACCUUUCAUUGUCUGAGCUUCUUACAUUUUUGAAAGAAUAUUUUUCAAUACUUUCUCAGGCUUCUUGUGAAAGAGAAGUACCAAUAUCUCAGCACAACAACGAUGAACGGCACCAACGGCACGAAUGGGCACCAUGCAGUCCCGCAAACGCUCAAAAGAGCCGAGGAAGUAGAGGAUCUGCUUGAUGCCGUCAAGGGUCUGAUCGUCCCGUACAUCAGAGCAGCCGAUGAAGCAGCCGGCCAAAAGGCCAGUGGCUACACAUCCGUCGACAUUGAAGGCGUUCCGAGCAAUGUGCUAGUCGACACGCAAAAGCCCGAGGCGUUGGUUGAAAAGUUGAAGCUUUCUCUUCCCGAGGGCGACGGGCUCGGGAAGGAGGGGCUGCUUGAUGUCGUGCAAGAGAUUUUGAGGUACAGCGUCAACACCUGGGACCAGGGCUUCAUGGAUAAGUUGUAUGCAAGCAAUACUCCGGUGGGCGUCGUCUCCGAUCUCGUUCUGUCUGUCUUAAACACAAACCUCCACGUCUACCAAGUCUCCCCCGCCCUGAGCAUAAUCGAAAAGAUCACGGCCCGCAAAUUCGCAAACAUCUUCGGCUUCAACGGUCCCCGCGCCGGCGGCGUCACCUGCCAGGGCGGCAGCUCUUCCAACCUGACCUCGCUCGUCGUGGCGCGGAGCGCCCUCUACCCCGAGACAAAGGCCUCCGGCAACGGCGCGCGCGACUUUGUCGUCUUCACCAGCGCCCACGGCCACUACUCUGUCGAAAAGAGCGCCCUCGCCUGCGGCCUCGGCGCCUCGAGCGUGUGGGCCGUGCCGAUCGACGCCGCGGGACGCAUGAUCCCCGAAGCCCUCCGGGAGCUCGUCGUCCGCGCCAAGGCGGAGGGCAAGACGCCUCUUUACGUCAACUCGACGGCCGGAACGACGGUCAUGGGCUCCUACGAUCCAUUUGAGGAGAUUUCGAGCAUUUGUAAAGAGUUUGGUUUGUGGUUCCACAUCGAUGCUAGCUGGGGCGGUUCCGCCAUCUUCUCAGAGAAGCAAAAGGCUAAGCUCAAGGGCUCCCAUCUGGCGGACUCGUUGACGGUUAACCCGCACAAGAUGAUGAACGUGCCGGUGACGUGCUCGUUCCUGCUCACGCCGGAUGAGAAGGUAUUCCACAAGGCAAACACCCUGCCUGCAGGGUACUUGUUCCACAACGUGGACGAGACCGAGGACGUGUGGGAUCUGGCGGACCUUACGCUGCAGUGCGGUCGUAGGGGCGACAGUCUGAAGCUGGCGUUGGCGUGGAUCUACUAUGGCGCCGGCGGAUUCGAGAAGCAGAUUGACCAUGCGUUUUCCCUGGCGGAGUACCUCGCGACGUUGGCCGAGAAGAGCGAAAACUUUGUCCUGGUCUCGUCGAACCCGCCGCCUUGCUUGCAGGUCUGCUUCUACUACGCGCCAAACGGCCAACUUGCAGAGGAGCCUGCGGCGAAUACGAGACGGACUAGCCAGAUGGUCCACAAGCUGAUACAGCGGGGGUUCAUGAUUGACUAUGCUCCUGGAGAACAAGGUAGCUUCUUCCGGGUUGUUGUCAACUGUCAAACCCUCAAGGGAACCGUCGAGGGCUUGGUCAAGGCGCUGGAAGAAGUUGGCAAGGAGAUUGCGGUGUAAGUACUAGAGAAGAUUAUGGCAAAAUGGUGCAGAUUAGAUACAGAUAUGUUGUAGAACGAUGGACCGGAAGAUAGACUUGGCUAACCCAAUAACUCAAGAAGUCCACGGGUGAGACGAUAUCUACGUGCGCGGUGCUGCGCUAUUUGGGGCAUUUAUGGCGCUGUCUGGGCCGAAAUAAGCUUGGAUAAUGAAUUGAUCGAACAAGAAAAUCGCUCAUCAGUGAGAAGAGCUAGAAGGCUCAUUCUAGCUAUGAAGUUGGAUUAGGACGGAGAUGAGAAGAACUCAAGCGAUUCGGGAUGGAAUACCUAGAGAGGAGACGCAUCUGGG